AUCCCAGCGACACCGAGCCGUCUCCCGCAAACACACUGAGACGUAACCGCUCCAGAAGACUUCACACUCGUAAAGUAAAGACCACUUGAGGAGGCAUGACCAGAUCCUUUGGAAUACUCAUUCUCCUAUCUGCUCUCUGCUGCGGCCUAGCGGACAAUGUGCGGCCGCUCCGCUCUAAGAGAGGGACCCGUUUUUACAGAGGUGAGCCCAACAGGAAGCCGGCCAGACGGACAAUUUUGAUUAUUCAUGUCCAGAAGUCUCCAUCCCCCUUUGACACCUCCCUGCGUUGUGUGGAUAGUGAGACAUCAGCAGUGCGUAGUUAUGGCGACGCUUGGCUGCGAUGGAGGGGACAGCGUGUGGAGUAUUGCCGUUGUGCAUUGAGAGGACGAGAGCGUUGUCAUAUUGUGCCCGUCAUCAAUUGCUACGUGUCUCAGUGUUACAAUGGAGGAACUUGUAAGGAGGCUGUGUACACGUCCGAUUACAUUUGCCAGUGUCCUGCAGGCUUCAGUGGGGCUCAGUGUGAGAUCAACAACAAUGAGAAGUGUGUGGUGGGCCGGGGCGAAGGGUACCGUGGGACCUGGAGCAUCAGCCACUCGGGAGCAGAGUGCAUCAACUGGAACGCCACGUCUCUGAGGGGGAAAAAGUUCACAGCAAGAAAAUUGGACGCCAGCAGUCUUGGACUGGGAAACCACAACUUCUGCAGGAACCCAGACAACGACAGCACUCCUUGGUGUUAUACCUACAAAGGCACUCAGAUCGUCUGGGAGCUCUGUUCUGUGCCCAAAUGUCCAGAAGAUAAGAACCAGGAAUGUGCUCUGGGCUCUGGUCAGUCCUACAGAGGCACAGCAUCUGUCACUAAGAGCGGCUCCAGCUGUCUCCCAUGGGACUCUCCUGCUGUCAAGCGUAAGCACAACAACGCCUGGCGCUCGGAUGCGCUGAAGCUUGGGCUCGGCAGCCACAGCUUCUGCAGGAAUCCAGACGCUGAUGACGGUCCAUGGUGUCACACCUACAAGAACAUGAGGCUGACCUGGGAGCUGUGCGACAUACCCAAAUGCUCAAUAUCUCUCAUCACUACCCUCGGCCCGCGGGCCCCGACCAGGAACAACAACCACGGAGCCACAUGUGGCCAGCGUUUAGAUAACUCCCUGAACCGCCCGGCGUUCCGCAUAUUCGGGGGCAGAGAGACCGACAUCACGGAUCAGCCGUGGCAGGCGGCCAUCAACGUCUACCAGAACCGUAGCAAACGUCACUUUCACCGAUGCGGAGGCGUCCUCAUCAACUCGUGUUGGGUCCUGUCGGCUGCGCACUGCUUCGAGGAAAGGGAUCAAGCUGAAAAACUGCAGGUGAUUUUGGGAAGAACCUUUCGGAAACAGAACUCGAGCAGUGAGCAGAUUUUCCAGGUGGAGAAGUACUGGAGGCAUAAGAAAUUUGACAGCGAAACAUAUGACAAUGACAUUGCUCUCUUGAAGCUGAAGACAGACAUCGGCAUCUGUGCUAUAAACUCUCCGGAGGUUCUUCCCGUGUGUCUGCCGGAACCGGGGCUGUCGCUGCCCAGCUGGACCGAGUGCGAGAUCUCAGGCUACGGGAAAGACAAAGAAUUUGCUGCAGAGUACUCCGAGCGUGUGAAGAGAGGUUAUGUUCGCCUGUGGCCCAACGAGCGCUGCGUCCCAGAUGUGCUGUCUGGACGCCCCGUUACCCCCAACAUGUUGUGUGCAGGUGACACCCGAGGCCUUGACGAUGCCUGCAAGGGAGACUCCGGCGGGCCGCUCGUCUGUCGGAACAACGACAGGAUGACUCUGAUGGGUGUGAUCAGCUGGGGCGACGGGUGCGGCCACAAGGAAAAACCCGGGGUCUACACCCGUGUCACCAAUUACAUCAGCUGGAUCAACGGUAUAAUGAAAGCAAACCCGGUCUAAAGGAAGAGAGGCUGCAUAGAGGAUGACGUUGGAUAACUGUACCCAUGAGCACAUGUGGGUAAAGCAGCAGAUUUGUUUAUCAGUGGGAAGAUGGACAGUGAGGUCCACAGGACUCUCGGGACUCUACUGAUCUGAACUCAUGGAGAUUUUGAAGCCGCAGGGUCACUCCGACAGAGACGCACAAGAGUUCCCAUGCACCGUGUAGCUCCAUGUUCUCUGUUCAUUGCUGUGAUAAUAUGACACAAUAUGUGGUGAGAACAUAAUUUUAUAAUUUUUUUUAAUCUUUUCAUGCGUACAAUCUUUUCCUGUGUUGUCACAGUUCUGCCUCCACCUCACCGGAGGUUUAGGUAGCGAAUGUAACGGGAAUGAGUGGAAACUCCUCCCAUCUCUGGCCUUCUCUACGCUGGUUUAAAACCAAGAAGUCACAGGGACAGACUUCAGAUCAGUAGCACUUAUAACCCGGAAGAAUUCUCAGUCAACAGAGGACGUUUACUUUGCACAGCUCAGUAAGUCACAUAGGAAUGUUUUUGCUUAUCUUCUCAAGGUUUUGUGCAAAAGAUUGUUUCACAGACUUCUCGAUAAGAGGUGACGUCGGAGUUUUUAAAUGUAAAAUGUUACUUCAGGGCUCGAUUGGUUCCAUUCAAACCACAAACAUAUCUGCUGGUUCAGAUUCAGCUUGUUUUGUCUCUUAACGCUCUUAAGUGGAGGCAGUUCAGAUUUGUAUCAGAUUAUCAGAACACUAUCUCCACCAUAUACUUGGGUUGAUCCCAGUGUAAAUAUAACAUGUAUAUUGUCUGAUUAUUGAUUUUAUAUUGAAAAAGACUGGGGACUGUUUGGUUCUGCAUUAAACUGCUUAUUGACUGCAAAGCCUAACACACACACUCACUGUGUCCUUUGAUAGAUUCUCAAGGGUUUUCAGAUGUUUUGUGCUAAGUUAAUAUUUAUGUGUGUUUUAUAUUGCUUUGUAGAAAAUGUCAUAUGUUAUGUACUGUCGACUAAUAAUUUAUUGUUAUUAUAACCACUUUU